AGCGACGGAGCCCUCCCCGGCCCGCCCCUUUCUCUCUAUUCGGUUCAUCACUUCUUUUUCUCCCUCUUCCCGUUCCUCAUCUCACCCCUCGUCCUCCUAAAAAUAGGAAGCUGAAGAAGUGAGACUAGAGGAAGAAAAAUAAAACUCAGCGAGCGAUCGCUGGCUGUGGUGGGGGAAUUCCUUUUUUCGGCGUUGGAUUGGUGAUUUGUUGCCGUCAACGGAAAUGGCUGCGAUGGCGGAGAACGCGAUCGGGUCGGACAUUCACCGGCCGGUGGCGGCGGCGGAGAGGGAGUACCAGAGGGACGUGAGGAAGCUGGUGGACCUGCUCUCCAAAUUGAACCCCUCCGCCCAGGAGUUCUUCCCCUCGGCCUACGCCGCUGCGGCCGCCGACGGCGGCACUGGCGCCGGUGCCGGCGCCGGCGGGGGGAGGAAACCCAACGGGCGUCUCUCCGCCGAUGCGCCCAUUUUCGUGGCGUCGUCCGAUUAUAAUAGUAAUGACAAUCAGAUUGUUAAUGGGAGUAAUAAGGACUCGAGCAGCGAUGGAUCGGUGAACAAUCAGCCGAAUCGAGGAAGGAGGAAUGGUUAUAACCAGGGGUGGAGGAAGGUGAAUGAUAGAGCCCGGAGAGCUGUGCGGGAGGAGAGCAUCAGGCGAACUGUAUACGUUUCUGAGAUUGAUCAGCUUGUUACUGAAGAGAAGCUUGCUGAAAUAUUUGCUACUUGUGGGCAAGUAGUUGAUUGCCGGGUUUGUGGUGACACCCAUUCAGUUCUACGAUUUGCAUUUAUAGAGUUCGCUGAUGAGGAUGGUGCAAGAGCAGCAUUGAAUCUUGGUGGGACCGUGCUAGGUUAUUAUCCUGUCAGAGUCUUACCUUCAAAGACUGCUAUCUUGCCUGUCAAUCCUAAAUUUCUUCCACGGUCUGAGGACGAAAAGGAAAUGGUUGUAAGGACAGUUUAUUGUACAAACAUAGAUAAGAAGGUUACUCAAAUAGAUGUAAAGGUUUUCUUUGAACUAAUUUGUGGCGAGGUUUCUCGUCUGAGGCUUCUUGGAGAUAAUGUGCACUCCACACGCAUUGCCUUUGUUGAAUUUGUUCAGGCAGAAAGUGCUAUUUAUGCUCUGAAAUGCAGUGGCAUGAUUUUGGGAGCUCUUCCUAUCAGGGUGAGUCCUUCAAAGACACCAGUAAGGCCACGAGCACCUCGAGCAACGCUACACUGACUUGGCUUUGGCUGACCACUGGAUCUACUGAAGAAUUCCAUAAGGCGAGAAUUUGUUCUGGAGGGCUGAUAAACUGUUGCAUAUGCAUAAAAAGGUUAUCGACCAAGAGCAUUUUCUGAAACCCAACAUGACCCACCUUCCACCAGGAUUUAGUGUUGAAUGAGACCUUGUAGCUUUAUAGUCCGGCUCUCUAUCCUUGUUUUAUUUGUUCUUUUUCACUGCGACCACCAGACAAACUUAGUGGGCAACAAAUUAGUUUCUGCGGAUGAUCUUAUUUAUCUCAGAUAAGAGAUUACCUAAAUCAAGCUAAUUAGAUACCUAGGCAAUUUAUUGAUGUUUUAUCACCAAUAUAAUCAUGUUUAAUGGUGCCUGCCUCUAAUUAUCGUAAAUUUUUUGUUGGAGACUGGAAAA